AUGGAUAGCCCUGACACUGGUAGCACGCGAAGUACAACGGUGAACAUCGCCAUCGCGGCGACCGUUCUCCAUGGCAUUAUGCUGUUUGCUGGGGGUAUUGUCUUUUUGAGGGCCCGAAACAGGAGCGGCUUCUUCUCCUCAUGCAGUCCGCGCACAGCAAUCACUUUUCUAUCCAUAUUUUCCGUGAUGCCGACGGUGCUCUUUCUCGGUAUCACCGGCGCAUGGAUCUGCGCCGUGUUCGAUACGCUUGUGGGUGCGGUUAUGUUUCUUGUUGUUCCGGGAAUGCUGGUCUUCUUCGUGAUACUGGCGUGGUGUGCGGCGGCGUCGGCGGGCAUCGAGAUGUCCGGUGGGACGCUCGACCUGGAUGGCCUGUGGGGCAAUGGCACGCUGCAGCAGCGGCGUAUGGUGGAUAAACAGCAAGACCAGAAGGACGCGUCAACGUAUGCGUUGCCUUAUUUCCCGAGUCCUUACGAGGAUGAUGCGUAG